AUGACGUUGGUUAUUGAAACCGUCAUUCCAAUGGCUUCGUCGACGAUUGGUGAUAGGCCACAGCCAAUUUCGAUCUCAGUUGACGAAUUGGUACCAUUAGUAAAGAAGCAAGGAAAAUUGAAAGUAAAGAAUGGCCUUACAGUCGUAGAUAAAAACUCACGUCCAGCUCAAGUUUUCUGUUAUUUAACCAGUUGGUCAUCUAAGCGUCCUGGGAUUGGUAAAUUCGAACCCAAAAAUAUCGAUGCUUCACUAUGUACACAUAUUGUAUAUGCAUUUGCCACUUUGAAGGAUCAUAUAUUAACUGAAGCAAAUGACGAGGAUCCGGAGAAUUAUGAUAAAUUGAUCGAAUUAAGGGAAAAAAAUCCAGAUUUGCAGAUUUUAUUAGCAAUAGGUGGUUGGGCAUUUGGUUCAACUCCAUUCAAAGAACUCACAUCGAACGUUUAUCGAAUGAAUCAAUUUGUGUAUGAAGCAAUCGAAUUUUUGCGUGAAUACAAGUUCAAUGGCUUAGAUGUCGAUUGGGAGUAUCCGCGAGGCUCAGAUGAUAAGGUUGCUUACGUGAACUUAUUGCGUGAAUUACGUAUUGCAUUUGAAGGUGAAGCAAAAUCAUCAAAUUUACCUCGACUUUUAUUAACUGCAGCAGUACCAGCAUCAUUUGAAGCGAUUGCUGCUGGUUAUGAUGUCCCUGAAAUUUCUAAAUAUUUGGAUUUUAUAAAUGUUAUGACCUAUGAUUUUCAUGGACAAUGGGAAAGACAAGUUGGGCACAAUUCACCUUUACUUGCAUUAGAGUCCGCAACAGGUUAUCAAAAAAAACUUACAGUCGAUUUUAGUGCUCGAGAAUGGUUGAGACAAGGAGCUCCCGCCGAAAAAUUACUCAUUGGCAUGCCUACAUAUGGACGUUCCUUCACGUUAGUGAAUAACACCCAGUUUGAUAUCGGUGCAGCUGCUUCUGGUGGUGGUCAAGCCGGAAAAUUCACUAAUGAAGCUGGGUUUAUGAGUUAUUACGAAAUAUGUUCUUUUUUAUCUCAACCAAACACAACACUUGUUUGGGAUUCAGAACAGCAGGUACCUUUUGCUUACCGCGAUGACCAAUGGAUAGGGUUUGAUGACGAGCGAUCACUUAAAACCAAGAUGAGUUGGUUGAAAGAAAAUGGAUUCGGAGGAAUAAUGGUGUGGUCUAUCGACAUGGAUGACUUUUCGGGAAAGUGUGGCAAUGGCAAAUAUCCUUUAUUAAAAGCUCUUAAUGAAGAAAUCAAAUCUUACAAAGUGAAUUUGCAGUAUGAUGGUCCUUACGAAACACACGGACCACGAGGAGCGUACACUACACAGAAUCCAAAUGAAGUAACAUGUGAAGAAGAAGACGGUCAUAUUAGCUAUCAUCCGGAUAAAGCAGAUUGUACGCAUUACUAUAUGUGUGAAGGAGAACGCAAACACCACAUGCCAUGUCCAGCAAACUUAGUAUUUAAUCCAUCUCAAUCAGUAUGUGAUUGGGAAUUGAACGUUCCUGAAUGUUCAAAUCAAGCUGGCGCAACGAAUUGAAAGUUAAAAAUCGAAAAUUAGACUUAUUUUGAUUGUACAGUGAAUCUAAUAUUUUUGGUAGACAAAAUUUUGCAUGACACACUCCACUCACACGCCAUUCGUAUAUGAAUCCUAUGUUAGUGGAGAGUUUCUCUGUUUACUUUGCUUGUUAUUUUGUCUAUCAAAAAAAUUAGAUUCACUGUAUACCUACAAAAAUUUACGACUUUUUUUCUGAGUAUUCAAUUUCUUGUAUCUAAUUAACGGAAAGCACUAUGAAAGCUACAGAAUAACAUAAAUUUAGACAUCAACUAAAAAAUGUUUUUUUUUUUUACUUCAAUUUUUACAAAAUAAUGUUUUCAAAAUCUUAUUUGCGAUGGUUUAAUAACAUUUUUCCAGCGAAAUUAUGCAUUCUUUUAGCUAGUGAUGUCUGUUACACAUUUCUAUUUUGGAAGUCAUCGAUGUGAUUGAUAUACAAAUUUAAAGUUAAAUUAUCAGCUAAAAACAGUUUAUAUUAAAUGUAUAUUUUCUAAUAAAAAUUGUCCGUUACCAGCACAGUGUGUGGUCACAGUUUUGUUAAAA